UCUUCCCUCCCUUCUCUCUCAUUGUGUUGAAUGCUGAUUUAGUCCCCUAGUUGUUGCUCCCUUUCCUCCGCUUAAACUCCACAUUUGAACAACAGCAGAGAGAAAAAGAUUAGAAAAACCCGAUUUCCUUACUCAUUCCUAGCUGAUCCCUCCUCCUAGAUCACAAAUGGAUAAGACCUUCUUAAUCCAUCCCAUAAUUCUAGGGACAAUUCCCUAUUAAGCCUAAUCUUCUCAUUCCCCGUUUCAUCAGUUAGAACAGAGAGAAGAGAGAGUGUGAGAGAGAAAAAACAGAAAACAAACACAUACAGUUUCACACACUUAAUCGUAUCAGCUUAAUGUGUUCUUCUCCUCUUCACUUUUAAACACUCCCUCCCUCCCAAUCCUAGCGCUUCGUUUUCUUCUUCUAUCUUCUUCUUCACCUUGCAUUGUGCAACAUGGAGUACACAGAAAUCCAAGGAAAGGAAUCCAAUGAUCCUAUUUUGAUUCACAAAAUGAGUGACCUGUCUUCCUCAGCAUCUUCUCCUCCUCGAUGCGUGGUGUGUGUUCCCGGCCCGGUUAUAGUGGGUGCAGGUCCAUCGGGGCUCGCUACGGCAGCGUGCCUGAAAAACAGGGGCGUCCCUAGUGUAAUCCUGGAGCGAUCCAAUUGCCUAGCCUCUCUGUGGCAGCUCAAGACCUACGAUCGCCUCCGCCUCCACUUGCCUAAGCAAUUGUGCGAGCUCCCCCUGGUGCCUUUCCCGGCCGAUUUUCCCACUUACCCUACCAAGCAGCAAUUCAUUCAGUACCUUGAAGAUUACGCCACCAAGUUCGACAUUCAGCCUCGCUUCAACGAAACCGUCUCGACCGCCCAGUACGACCCUGCGGUUGGUUUUUGGCGGGUGAGGACCUCAGGGUCCGAAAACGGGGUUGAGACUGAAUAUGUCACCCGGUGGCUCAUCGCGGCCACCGGUGAGAAUGCUGAGGCCCUGGUGCCGAGGCUGGAGGGGAUCAUGGAGUUCGGAGGGCCCAUUAGGCACACGAGCUUGUACAAGAGUGGUGAGGAGUUUACAGGAGAGAAAGUUUUGGUGGUGGGGUGUGGAAAUUCAGGCAUGGAGGUCUGUUUGGAUCUGUGUAACCACAAUGCUAGGCCUUCACUCGUGGUCAGAGAUACAGUGCACGUCCUACCACGAGAGAUGCUGGGAAAAUCGACUUUCGGGUUGUCCAUGUUGUUGCUCAAGUGGAUGCCCAUACGCCUUGUGGAUCGCCUGUUGCUGGUGGCGUCACGGCUGCUUCUCGGCGACACGUCCCGGCUCGGUUUGGACCGGCCUAAGUUGGGUCCCUUGGAGCUCAAGAAUCUAUCGGGGAAGACCCCGGUAUUGGAUGUUGGGACCCUAGCCAAGAUCAAAAGCGGUGAAAUUCUGGUACGUCCAGCAAUCAAGAGAUUAAAACAACAUCGUGGUAUAGAAUUCAUUGAUGGAAGAACAGAGCAAUUCGAUGCCAUUGUCUUAGCAACAGGUUACAAAAGCAAUGUGCCCUCUUGGCUAAAGGAGGGAGAGAUGUUCUCAAAAGAAGACGGGUUACCAAAAAUGUCAUUUCCAAAUGGUUGGAAAGGUGAGUGUGGGUUAUAUGCUGUGGGGUUUACGAAACGAGGACUACUUGGUGCAUCAAUGGAUGCCAAAAGAAUCGCAGAAGACAUUGAGCGGUGUUGGAAAGCCGAGGCAAAGCAUUCUACUCCAUUUACACGGUCACAUUUGCCGUUAUCAUCAUCGCCGUAGUGCUGUUUUUCCGAUGGCGGUAACCUCUCAGCGAAGAAUUGAUUUAACUUGAAUGUCCAGUGAAGGGUUUUGGUGAUGGGUUGGUACCAAGCUGAAGAUACAAGAGGAACAAAGGGGGUUGAUUAAUUCUCGAACACAGAAGAUGCUUAUAGCUAGCUUGGUGAUUUGAUGGGGGGUGUCAAACGUUGCACACCGUGCAUCUCGUACAUUACCAUUAGUGAUAUCUAAUAUUUAGGUAUGACCUUUACAAAUGGCUUAAAAAUGAGGGAUCUUAAAGAUAGGUUUGGUGGUAGUCUUGAAAUGUACGUAUUUUGCUAUUGUACUAAUUCCAACGUGGGGGUUGGGAUAUGAGAGUUGAGAAUCGAGUGUUAACACUAAUGUAGCUAGCUAGUCUUGUG